UACAUAGCCAAAGCAACCUCCGCCUGACGGCUAGUGAACAACGUUGACUGUGAACACUAAAUCAACACAAUGUCUGUUUCUGGAGACAUCUACCUUGUGACAGGAGGAAGUGGAUUUCUUGGAAAGGUUAUCAUUGGACUUCUGAUUGAGAAAGCUUGCGAUGUCUCUGAGGUCAGAUUGUUCGACAGAGUGAUACACGCAGAACAUGUGGCGAGUUUACAAGCUUUGGUUGGAGGCAGAAUUAAGCUGAAGGUGAUCCAAGGAGAUCUGAGAGAUAAAGAGGUCGUGUGGAAAGCCUGCCAGGGAGUUGACUGCGUGAUUCACACCGCUUCCUUGAUUGAUGUCUGGGGUCACUUCAGCAAUGAAGAAAUAGAAGCUGUCAAUGUUGAAGGAAGUCAGUUCUUGCUGGAGACCUGCAUUGGGCAGAAUGUUAAGCGCUUGAUCUACACCAGCAGUGUGGAGGUGGUGGGGCCCAACACAAGAGGUGAUCCCAUCUGCAAUGGGGACGAAGACACGGUGUACACCAGCAAACUGAAGUUUCUGUACAGCAGAACCAAAUAUGUGGCAGAGCAAUUAAUACUAAAGGCAAAUGGGUCCAGCCUACCUAAUGGUGAGCCGAUGGUGACGUCUGCCUUACGGCCCAUGUACAUCUACGGUGAGAAUAGUCGCUUCCUCCUGGCACAUUUGGAUGACGGAAUCACCAACGGGAACGUCCUGCAGAGAACAUCCAAGAAGCAGGCUCUUGUGAAUCCGGUCUAUGUAGGCAACGCGGCUUGGGCCCAUGUUACAUUGGCCAGAGCUAUGAAAGAAGAGGGCAAGAAGGAGAUAGUUGGUGGGAAGUUUUAUUACAUUACAGAUGACACUCCACACAUGAGCUACUCAGAUUUUAACCAAGAGUUGAUGAGCUUUCUGGGGUUCUCGCUUCAACCACAUCUCCUCAUGCCUCUGCCGCUCUUCUACUUUGUCGCCUACUUAAUGAAGAUGCUGGAGUUUCUGCUCAGGCCUUUUGUCAAGUAUGUGCCCAAAACAAGCCCACAGCUCAUCACAAUGCUGAACACCACGUUCAUCUUUACCAGCGACAAAGGGCGGAAUGACUUUGACUAUGCCCCACUCUACAGCUGGGAAGUGGCAAAAGGAAAGACCAUGGCCUGGUUGGCCUCCGUUGCACAAGAGCGAAGAGAGUUUUUAAACAGGAAGUAACACCUACCCUGCCUGAAGCCUGAACGUUAGUGGGUAGAAGUUUGACGUCUGAGUGGUUUAUCUGGUUAAAGUCUUCACAAACAAUUUGUUGUCACUUGUAUAAUGUGGUUGGAAUUUAAAGGCGGAGUACUCCCUCAUCACUUGCCAUUCA